AUGUCUGAUAACGUUGCUCAUGCUCUUUCUGGUGCUGGUGGAGGUAUAGUCUCCAUGGUAUUGACCUAUCCUUUGGUCUCUAUCAGUUCUCGUCUUCAGAAUACCCUUGAUGCCUUUUUCAAGAUUCUUGCUAAAGAAGGACCCAAGGGUUUAUACUCUGGCUUGAGCUCUGGUGUAUUUGGUAUCGCAAUUACAAAUGGUGUUUACUACUACUGUUAUGAAGCUGUCAAGGCCAUUUUUGAAAAGGCAAAGAGUAAGGGCAAGCCCAUGAGUACAGCUGAAUCUAUGGCUGCCGGUGCUAUUGCUGGAUGUGCUGUCGUCUUAGCUACACAUCCCAUCUGGACUGUCAACACGCGUUUAACCGUCAAAAAGGGUGUCGAAGGAGAUGAAAAGAAGACCAAGUCUAAUGCUCUGGAAGUAGGUCUCCAAAUCCUCAAGAAGGACGGUAUUGCUGGUCUUUAUGCCGGUGUCGGCGCUGCUUUAGUGCUAGUCAUUAACCCCAUCAUCCAAUAUACUGUAUUCGAACAAGUCAAGAAUAAGAUUGCCAAAAUGAAGACCCUCAGCAACUUUGACUUCUUCCUCUUAGGUGCCUUAUCGAAGCUCUGUGCCACUGCCAUCACUUACCCAUACAUUGUCAUCAAGUCUCGUAUGCAAGUGUCUCAGCAAGGAGAAGAAAAGUAUGAAUCUAUCUUGGAUGGUUUUAAAAAGAUCAUUGCUAAUGAAGGUGUCCCUGGUCUUUACAAGGGUAUCUCUUCCAAGAUCGUUCAAUCUGUUCUUACCGCUGCCUUCUUAUUUAUGGCCAAGGAAGUCUUGUUUGAUUGGUCCGUUUGGGUUCUCGUCUUGCUCGGCGCUCGUAAGCGUGCUGCUGUCAAGAGUGCUUAA